ACUCACUUGUCGAUGAGCGCUCUUCUGGCUCUCGACUUGUCAGAAGAUAACCGAAUGUUCUCAGACGCCAUUGUAUUUGCAGGAAAAAAUGACAUAGGCUUUAGAGUGUUAAUUAAAUAAUUUCUAUGCUUUAAGGAAACGAUAUAAUACACAGUGAUAUGAGUAUAACGACUACAUUCUCUGAAAUCAAUGAGCAGAACGGGAGAGACAGUGAUUGGCUAUUUAGACAAGAUUCUUUCGGAAAACGAAAGAAUGUAAUGACUUCUGGUUUCAAUAUAUCGCCAAAACAUUUGAAGUUACAGCAAAUGCAAGCUAGUACAAAAUUACAGUUAGAUCGAAAGUGUGUGUCCGGUGCAAUAAAAAUUGAUAAAGAAAACAUAUCAACGUUCGACGAAUAUGAAUCAGACUCAGAUACUGAAUCAGAUGCUGAUGAAAGGCCAACAAUUCGAAUAAUUAAGAAUAGAAAUAAAUCUGCUACAACGAAUACGGAUAUUGAACAUAAUUAUUCAACAGAACGAAAGAAAUCUACGCAGUUAACUGUGGCCGCUGUUUCAGAAUUACUGGGAGUCGAUGUUCCUCCUACUUUCAAGAAAAGUGUUCAACAAUUUAAUUCAUACGAGCCAUGCUAUAUUAUAUGCAUAAAUUCGGUAGCUCUCUCAUUCCGGAAACGAUAUGUUAAUGAAGAGGAUGCGGAGAUUAUAUGGGACGCCACAGGAGGAAUAAUUCAGUGCAAAGCAACACGAAAGAAGGUGCUUUAUUAUGAAAUGACUGCUGCGAACCCGGUCAAACGUGCCACAUCCAUUCCACUCACUUUUUUAUUAUCGGAAAAUCAUGAUCUAACGACAGUCAAACAUUGGCUCGAGCUUUUUAAAGCAUUAUACAAAAAACAGUUUGCACAAAGCAAUGAAACACCGUUUCCAGUUUCGAGAUAUAUCAUUAAUGAUCGUGCCCAAGUGUUUGUGCAGACUGCUUUGCGAGUGUUUAACAAUGAAACGUUUACGGAUUUUAAUCAGCGAGCAUAUAGAAUCAUCACAGGCUCGUAUACCAGCGAUGAUUUACGCAAGACAAUUCCACACGCAUGCACAGCUCAUAUUAUGAAAGAUUUUAAGAUAUUAUUAAAAAUACCAAAAUCAGCAGCGGGUAAAGACUCUCGACGGCAAUCAAGAAUCUUCUCACCACUCGAACUAAGACAAUCAUCCUUUCUGAGUGAUACUCAGCUAAUUUUCUUCGACUUAUCCGAAGAAGAAGAAGGUGAACAGGAUAUAAUGGACGCACAGCAACAACAGUUUGAACAGGAUAAUCGUGAACAGUUGGAGGAAUUAAAUAAAGUAUUCCAAGAAACAAAAAGAAUUGAACAGGAAUUCUUAAAUAAAAUAACUUGUCUACAAAAUGUGAAAGAAUCAGCAGCACAGAUUGAUCAGUGGUUAAACUCAGUUGAAAUUAUUUUUCGAAAACUCAAUUACCCCGAAUAUUGUUGGGCAGAAGAAGCAAUAAAACAUUUAAACGAUGAAAAUGUCAAAUUGUGGUUUGAGAAAGAGAACGAUCUAAUUAAUCAGCAGUGGGAUAAAUUUAAACAACAAUUGCUUAAAUACGUUCAAGGCACUGAAGAACUGAUAGUAGCGCCACUAACAAAUACAGCUGAACAAGAGGAGAGAGAAUAUGAUACAU